AUGGCCCUCCAUGGCCCCGUUUCCCUUGCCGCCAAGCACAGAGCCGAGGAACCCGUUCUGCCCGUCUGGGGUGUUCUGCUGUGCCUCUCUAACCAUCUCGGGGCUGGCGCGACCAGACUAUCAACCCCCAAAUCUCCAAAUCUCGUAAAAACAACGAGCUCUCAAGAAAAGGACGUGCGAUCCCGUCGCCGUUUGGCAUCUGACAGCUCCGGCCGGCGAUACUCUGCUUUCUUCUUUUUUCCUGUAGUCUCAACAGCCUUGUGUUGCUUACCGGCUCAUGUCCCCGGUUUCUCGAAUACCCGUCCAGACGUCUGCCAGGAUAAGCCUCUCCGCAUAAGAAGCAGUCUGCGGGGGCGUCCGUUUCUCGAGGGAGUCGAAGCUUUGGGCCCCCCCCAGUCCACAGGGAUGAAGCUAUCCACGACGACCUUGGCCCUCGCGGCCCUGGCGUCGGAAGCCGUCUCGCAAAAGGUCAUCUCAGCCAACUUCCACAAGAUCCAGCUCCCCGUAGACCUGGUUCAAAUCACCCGCCGCGACACCCUCACCCUCGCGGCGCUCAACAACAUCACGGGCGGCGGGUACUACUCAGAAGUCGAGAUCGGCACCCCGGGACAGAAGGCGCUGCUGCACGUCGACACGGGCAGCAGCGACACGUGGAUCGUCGACAAGCAGGCCGACCUCUGCACGAGCACGAAGCUGCAGCGCCAGUACGAGACGGGGUGUACCGAGACAUACAACUCGACGGCGAGCUCGACGUACAAGGUCGUCGGUCAGAACGGGUUUGAUAUCACGUACCUUGACGGCAAGAACAUCAAGGGAGACUACAUCUCGGAUGUCGUCAGCAUCAAUGGGAAGACGGUCAAGGGCCAGCAGCUUGGUCUGGCGAUUCAGACGGUCAAGGGCACCGGGUUGAUUGGUCUGGGGUUCUCACAGACUGUGGCGACGAAGCGCAAGUAUCCUACCAUUCUCGACAACAUGGUUACGCAAGGUGUCAUAGGCAGAAAAGCCUUCAGUAUAUGGCUGAAUGAUCUUUCGUCGUCUGAGGGAACAUUACUGUUCGGCGGCAUUGACACGGAGAAAUACACCGGCUCGCUCACCACGCUCCCGCUCGUCAACGACCACCAUUCGGGUAACAUGACAAGCUACAGCAUAUCCAUGACCGGCGUCGAAAUCGAAACACCAGACGGCAAGACGGUCAACAUGGCCGAGGACAGCUUCAACGCCGCGACCGUCCUCGACUCUGGGUCGACGAUAUGUCUUCUCCCAGAGCAAAUGGCAAAAGCCAUCUGGGUCAAAUACGACGUCGUCGACGCCGGGUACGGCUUUAUCGAUUGCAAGUGGCGAGGCCCCCAAGGCGAGGGAAUCUUUUUCGACUUUGCUUUCGCCGGCGUCAAGAUUCGCGUCCCGAUGGAGGAGAUGGUCCUGGAUAACCUUGACCCCAUCAUGGACCAGCUCAAGGGCCUCACCCCCUUCGACAAGCCCUGCAUGUUUGGCAUACAAAACAGCGCCACGUUCGACGUCAACAGCACAGAGUUUGCGCUGCUGGGCGACACGUUCCUGCGCAGUGCAUACGUCGUCUACGACGAGGCGAACCACCAGGUCGGCAUCGCACAGUCGAAUCUCAACGCGACCCGGACCAAUCACGCCGGCGCCGACGUCGACGAGGGCCGGGACGGGGACGAUGACGAGGACGGCGGCUGCUGGGAUGGAUACGUCGGUAGCGUCGGCAGGCGCUUCGACGCCGUCGUCGAGCGAGUCACCGAAUGCCGCGUCACAUCCUGGGCUGGUGGCCUCGGAAACGGACGGCUUCUUGGUAAUGGUGCUCAUGUCUGUCUUUGCUGUCGUUGGCGCGGCGCUGAUGGCGGGUUAAUUCUCACGCUCUCCCUCGCGUCUGGCAUGCCUCCAAAGCGUGGCCUAUAUGGCAUUCACUGCAUCUUCAUUCGUCAAUCGCAAUUCAGACCGUCGUCUCAAACUGCGGAAUGUCACUGCUUAAAGUUCGAACCCAUCAAUGGAGGGGGGGAACCGGUGGAGCGGUUGCACCCGAAGGGGAAAUUUUUUUCACGCCGGUUUUUCGUCACCCGUGCCGAACGGACGGUCAACCUUUUGAACGUCUCCCAACCUCAUCCCGAACUCGGCUUCGAAAACCUGACUCAUCCUCCGUCUUCUAUUCACCAAGGUGCGCCAGAUUACUGUCUGCAAGGCUCUACCUCACGUUGCUCACAUCUCCCGACUUUGCCGACAAUUUCAACCCCUCCACCCCACAUUCACUCACCUCAUUCACACAGCUCUCACACAAUGGCGACUGCUAGCGUCACAUCCGUCGACCUCACCGGCCUCAAGAAGAUCGGCCAGGGCAAGGUUCGCGAUGUCUUCGAGGUCGACGACAAGACGCUCCUCUUCGUCGCCUCCGACCGCGUCUCGGCUUUUGAUGUCGUCAUGAAGAACGGCAUCCCUGACAAGGGCGCCAUUCUCACCCACGCCUCUGCCCACUGGUUCAAGGUUCUCACCGACCGAGUCCCGGGCCUCAAGACCCACUUCAUCACCCUCGACCCCCCGGCCGGCUUGCCCGCCGCCGACGCCGCUCUCAUCAAGAACCGCGCCAUGCAGGUCCGCCGCCUCAAGGUCAUUCCCCUCGAGGCCAUCGUCCGCGGCUACCUCACCGGCUCCGCCUGGAAUGAAUACAAGUCAAAGGGCACCGUCCACGGCAUCCCCGUCCCCGCCGGCAUGCAACAAUCCCAAGCCUUCGCCACGCCCCUCUACACCCCCUCCACAAAGGCAGAACAGGGCGAGCACGACGAGAACAUCCACCCGGACGAGGCCGUCAAGCUCGUCGGAGCCAAGUACGCCAACCGCGUCGAGGAGCUCGCCCUCCAGCUCUACGCCGCGGCGCGCGACUACGCCGCCGAGCGCGGCAUCAUCCUCGCCGACACCAAGUUCGAGUUCGGCGUCGACCCGGACACGGACGUGGUCGUGCUCGUGGACGAGGUGCUCACGCCCGACAGCAGUCGGUACUGGCCUGCUGCUGGGUACGCUGUCGGCCGCGACCAGGAGAGCUUCGAUAAGCAGUUUAUUCGCAACUGGUUGAUUGAGCAGGGGCUCAAGGGGAAGGAGGGAGUUGCGCUGCCCGAGGAUGUGUGCAAGGCUACGGCGGAGAAGUAUAAGGAUGUGUUUGUCAAGUUGGUGGGGAAGAGCUUUGAUGAGGUUGUGGCGUGA